ACUACGUAUCAGUAGCGUCUGCUAGCAGACAAUCCGGCUUGAGCCAUUUUCGAACAGAGACGCAUUUCCAUUUGGGAAGAAAAAUGACUAAACUAAUUCAUUCAAUCAUGGACGUUGAGAGCUGUAACUCGUACGUUGACAACCUUUACGACGUAGACAGUGCAAAAUGCCUAGAUGCUGUCAUAUACAUCAAAAACAUGAUUAUCGGUUCAAACAAGGCCAAGAAUAUGAUCAUUCAACAGGGUAUUACUCCAAGAUUGAUUCAGUUACUCGACGAUCCUAUUGGUGGUGAUGAUCUCAAAUUAGAGGUGAUAGCAGUGAUUGGAUCCCUUGCACGAGGAGAUGAAAACCACAUUAAAUCCUUAACAGCAGCGGGAGUUAUUCCUUUCCUACUAAACAAUGUCUGCGCAUCAACAAAUCCCCAAGUUAUUGAAUUUGCCCUCAGAGCCCUGCAACAGUUAUUUCAGAACGAAGCCACAAAGACUGACCUCCUGUUUGCAGAUUCAAGAUUGGUGCCCCAGCUGUUGAAACUCAUGCCCCUGUCCGUUUGCAACCAAAUAUCUGUCACUUCCAUCUUUACCAAUGCCUGCAAGACGUCUGAACACCAAGCGAUUCUCUGCGCCAACGGAGCCGUUCCAGCCCUGGCCGCUUUGCUCAAUUCUCCUGUAGGCGAUGUUCAGUUAGCCACUUUGGACGCUAUCGCUUCCCUGUGCUAUCAGAACCAACGCGUUUCGGCCCUUCUGACUGUCUCCAGCUUCGGCGGCAAAUCCGUGACGGACCACUUGGUGACUUUGAUGGCCCGUGACAGACCGGUGGCCAUGCAGUUGGUAGCCGCCCGUUGUCUGACCUAUCUACAUCGAGCUGGAGCGAUCUGUGCUGACGAUGGCAAGAUCUUGUACAAGACAUUGCCUUGUCUGGUGCGGAUGUGCCGGAAAGAGAACAGGCGAUCGGAAAAGGCUCUUGGUGCGGAAACACUGGCCUAUCUGAUUGAAGUUGACACGGAACUGCAAAGAGUGGCCUCCAUUUCCGACCACCUCAUUCAAAAUCUUUCUCUAUUUUUGGCUAAAACUCGAGAUAACUCGUCGGUGCAGCAACUUGGAGUCGAGUCGAUUGACGAAGACGCUCCUGCCAGCGCCAAAGAAGUUCAAAAUCUGAAACAAGCCGCUCUCCGGGCAUUUGCAUCGUUGGGCGCCAAUGACGAAGACAUCCGUAAAAGGAUCAUUGAGACGGACCAGUUGAUGGAUCACGUGGUGACGGGAUUGACGGAAUGUGGGGAUCACAGAGUCCAGUUGGCUGCCGUCCGGUGCCUUCAUUCUCUGUCUCGAUCUGUCCAGCAACUACGAACAACUUUUCAAGAUCAUUCAGUGUGGAAGCCGCUGAUGAAGUUAUUGCAGAAUGCGGACGAAGAUAUUUUGGCCGUGGCAUCGUCGACGCUGUGCAAUUUGCUGUUGGAAUUCUCGCCGUCCAAGGAGCCCAUCCUCGAGUCUGGUGCCGUGGAACUUUUAUGCAAUUUGACGCGUAGAGAAGAUUCCGCUCUGAGACUCAACGGCAUUUGGGCCCUGAUGAACAUGGCGUUCCAGGCCGAGCAGAAAAUCAAGAUUCAAAUCUUGUCGUCGCUGGGCACGGACCAAGUCUUCCGGCUCCUCUCUGACCACGAAGUUGGCGUCGUCAUGAAAACGCUUGGCUUAUUGAGGAAUUUGUUAUCGACAAAGCCGCAUAUUGAUUUGAUUAUGGCCCAGCACGGUCGCCAGAUCAUGCAGGCCGUCAUUCUGAUAUUGGAGGGCGAGCACAGCCCCGACGUCAAGGAGCAGGCCCUGUGCAUUCUGGCCAAUAUCGCUGAUGGUGAAACGGCCAAGGAAUUUAUCAUGUCCAAUGAGGACGUGCUGCGCAAACUCACCAAUUACAUGUCGCAUUCGAAUGUCAAACUGCAGACGGCCGCCACGUUUUGCAUCGGCAAUUUGGCGUGGAACGAAGACAGCGGCUGCCUCGAACGUCAGGCGCGUCUGAGGGAAAUGGGCGUUUAUCGAAUUUUGCAGCAACUCCUCUGCACCAACGACGCCACACUCUUCGAAAAGGUCAAAGCGGCACUGCAGCAGUUCUCCUAAACAAAUCGGAAGUCUCCUACACCCCCACCACGCCCUAUCAAAUAUUUGUGUAUUUUACAUAAUUUGGAAAUACUCGGAAUCCGGCAACUGUU